AUGGCUGAUAUGAUUCUCACUUCCGAUACUCUCCCAAACCUCUCAACGAGACUGGAAGAGUGUGAGUCCAAUCUAAACAGGAUCAAAGAGAAUAUGAGCGAAGCGAUGCAACUCUAUUGGGGUCGAAAGACGCUCCCUCCAUACGAUAAUCCCGAUGAGUGGUCCUUGCUCAUCCGCGUGGCCCCUGCCGAGCUGCAACAGUGGAUGCACGCGGAGAUGGCCAAAGCUGAUGUAACCCUAAUUUGA